UCUAUGUGGACACAUUUGACAUCUGUUCCACCUGCCAGAAAGUGAGCCGUACCAUCAGGACUGUAGGAACAACACUAACUCCAGAUCAGCCGCUAAGGGGUCUUCACUUCAGUGGGACGUUGAUGUCGGGUGCAAACCAGGAUGUUUAGAUGCAAAUGCGGAAGUAACUUGAGUUGCAGCUUUGGUGGAGGUGUUUGUCGACUUGUGUUUUAUAUGAAGCGAGAAGAUUGCUUUUUGAAGAUUUGUUAUUAAGGAGGACGUUUAGGGACGGGGAGUUUAAAAUGGAGGAGCACAAUGCUGUCAACUUAAUGAGACUCCUGUCAGAUGACAGCACUCGUUCCACCUUGUCGUCGGACUCCUGUGAGUACUAUCAGACAGAGAUAUUUGAUCUGCUGCCCAGCAUCCAGGCCAGCCGGCCCCAGCAGGACAGAGCGGGUCUCUGGGAAGCCUGCGAGGCCCACCAGGGUGGCCCAGAAGCUGGGGAGAGGAUCAGCCAUGGCCAUCUGUCCAGAGGACCCAAAGACAAGACAUCAACACAGCCGCUCAGGAACCUGGUCAUGUGUAUUCAGGGGAAGAGAGGCGCCAGGGAAAGGAGGAAGAUGCAAAUCAGCAAUAUUGGCUUUUGGGAGUCCUGGAGGCGGAGCCAGAGCAUCAACACGAAGAGGGUUUGGGUGCAAAUGGGAGGAGUUCUAUCAAGCCUGUUGCCAUGGCAUCACACUCUCCACACCAUUGAAGGCAGGUUUGGAGUUGGCGUGAAGGCCUACUUUGUAUUCCUGAGAUAUCUGGUGUACUUAAAUCUGCUUCACUGUGUUCUUGUCGGGGGUUUCAUUCUGGGGCCUACAACAUUUUAUGGCAGGAGCAACAGCAGUGAGCUGUUGAAGUUUGGAGGCAAUGACUCGGUUUUGGAUUUCUUCCUGGGAUCGGGCUACGUGGAUCGUUCUCCGGUCUUCUUUGGUUUCUAUACUCGUGGUUCCCUGAAUUUGCAGUGCUUCAAUACACCUCUGCUGUACCUUGCUGGGAUACUCACCAUCCUCUUCCUCAGUUUCAUCAUGGUGGUCCGGAGAACGACGGUCGGCUACAAGCACACUUGGAUGCUCGGGAAGCGUUACAGUAUGAACAUGAGCUACAAGAUCUUUUGUGGUUGGGACUUUACCAUCCAGGACCCUGCUGCUGCCACUCUCAAACAAAGCUUCAUCAGGAACGAUCUCAAGCUGUUCGUGGAGGAGCAGAAUUUCUCUCGGCGUGAGGCUGACAGGACUCUUGGACAGAGGGUUCGUCUCUACCUGCUUAGGUUCAUCCUGAACCUUCUUGUUCUGUUUCUCCUGGGUGGAGCCUUCUACCUCAUCUACUUCGCCACCAUAAGCUCACAGUCAAAGAUUGGUCACUACUGGCUGGUCAGCCUGGUCCUCGAGUAUCUCCCUCCAAUGACCAUCACCCUCGUCAACCUGGUCCUCCCUCACAUGUUCCGCAAGAUCUCAUCUUUUGAGGACUACUCUUUCACCAUGCAGGUCAAUGCCACCCUUGUGAGGAGCAUCUUCUUGAAGCUGGCCUCACUGGGGAUCUACAUAUUUUUCAUCUUCACAACAAGAAAGUGUCAGCAAUGUCCUUCACACUGCAGGGAGAACAUUUUUGGCAGAGAGAUGUACAAGCUGUGUAUCUUCAACUUCCUCGCCUCUUUCUGCAACGCCUUUCUCUUGGACUACCCCAGGAAGCUGCUGCAGGAGAAGUACCCCUCGUCCUUGCUGGCUCGGUUGUCAGGGAAACAGCGCUUCCUGAUCCCUUUCAAAGUGUUGGAUCUGGUCUACAGUCAGACAGUGUCCUGGAUGGGAGUCUACUACUGCCCUCUACUGCCUCUGAUAGGAACGGUCACACUGAUGGCCACCUUCUACAUCCAAAAGUUCACGGUCCUGCGGUGCUCUGUGCCAGAGCAGAGGAUGUUUCGAGGCUCCAGCUCCUCCGUUUUAUUCCACUUCAUGUUGCUGGUCGGACUCGUCAUGGCUGCGACCACACUGGGCUUCAACCUCUACCAGCAAGAAGUCAGCCCCGACAAAUACAUGUCCUCCUGUGGUCCAUUUGGAAAUGGAGAAACUGUGUUUAACGUGACAGGAGUGUGUUUGGACAGCCUGCCCAGCCCGGCACAGACCACACUCCGCUACCUGGCCUCUGAGGCGUUCGCCCUGCCGUUCAUACUAGCUGAGAUUAUAAUCUUGACCUCGUAUUUGUCACGGGUACGAGCCAAUCAGAAGGCCAUAGAGAGACUGAAAGACAUGCUGGUUAUGAGCAGCUCAGAUAAGCGUUUCCUGGUUAAACAGCAUGCAACGAUGCUCAGACGUCAAAGGAAACCCCACAGGGUCUGUUCUGCAGCAUUUGAAGAGGACACCCCUCUCAACCACUAGAAAGACCCCCCCCUGUCUGAACAUAAAAAGAAAAACAGACUGUUCCAGAUACAUGAUAUACAAAGAUAAGAAAAGCAGUUGUGUUCUCUUUUUUUUUUUUUCAUCAUUUUUUAUGGUUCUGGUGUGACUGCAAAACUAUGUUUUAACUUUUUUUUCAGUAAAUUACAAAUUGAUGCAUAUGAAUGUAGUUUUAUCAACAUGUAUACAAUGUUCAUAGUAUUAAGUUGUGUUCUAAAAUUUCACUUUACCUGAAUUCAAUGAUCUGUGAGUGAUUUUCAAAUAUCCUGCUCAUUAAACCUUUGCGGUUUGUGCG